UCUCAAAGUUUUAUCAGGUAAACACAUGAAGCUGUAUCGGAAAUGAAUCCAAAGAAGCAUGCAUAUUUUGUAUGCAUAUAUAGUUCUCUCUAAAACCCUUUAUUGUCUGUUUGUUUUCAAACCCUCCCGUGAAGCCAGUUCCAGCAUUCUCUAGAUGCCCUCGCUAAAUUGAGAGCCAAUUCCAAUUGUCUAUGGAAGGAGAGGGCUUUCUCGCGCACGCACUUAUCCGAUUCCUUUAGUUGGAUCAUCAGCUGAGUGAUUCAGUUCCCGGCAGAUCUGGUUUUUCAGUGGCUAUUUUUUCAAUUUGAUUGGUUUUGAGUUAAUUUGGCUGCGUUUAAUGGAAGACGGUAAUCAGCCGAGCCUCGAUCGCUUCGCUCCUAUUCAAUCUACUGGUGACCAAGCUGUUGAGAAACAUAAUUUGCCUGAACAGCGUCCCUCGCCAAAAGGUGAAAGAAUUGUUUCUACAAAUCCUUCUCCAGAUACUGCAAUUUCAGGUGCCUCAAGAACCACAAAAGAUCAGCCAGCAACUUCAGAACCAAGUGGAACUCUUACCGCAGUGCAUCCAUUCAAUGCGUAUACCCCUCAAGAACAAGGUUACUAUUUUGGAGGUUAUGAUAAUGGCAGUGGUAACUGGGAUGACCAUUCUAACUAUGUUAAUGCCAACAACUUGCAUGUCAUACCUCCAGGAAUGUACAAUGAUAACUCUUCACUCUUCUUCCCACCAAGCUAUGGCUUCGACUCCCAGAUGGCAUAUGGACAGUUUUCCCCACUUGCUAGCCCAAUGUCUUCAAUAAUGAUUGAUGGUCAGCUGUUUUCUCCACACCAAAUGCCUGUGACUCCCCCUUACUAUCCGCCAGCAGUUUCACCUGGCCCACAUCAUGUUACUUCGGGACUUCCAGCUUCACAGUUUGAAUUGAUGCCAUCAGGAAAUGGAAGCCAAGAAAACCUUAUUGACAAUGCAUUUUUUGGGCCAGGGUCAGGUUAUUAUCUACCAUUUGGUUCUUUUGGUGGUGGAGAUCUUUCUGGGAAUAGUGGUCAUGGUCUUUACAAUUUCCCUGGCGAGUUUGCUUCUAACGAACCAAUGCCAAGCCGUUCGAGUUCCUUAGAUACUAGCAGGUUCAUGUCUCCAUUAACUUCUGGAAAUGUGUAUCCUCAACCUAUUGGCAUACUUGGAUCGUAUGAGCAAAAUGUUGCACAGGCAUCAUAUCAGGGUUUCGGUUUAACAGUAAACUCCUCGGCUAGGCAUUUUCCCCAUAGUGGUUCUUACCAGAGCACUCUUGGGCCUAAUUCCAACCGGACUCGAUUUACGAGUGACAGAGGUGGAAGACGUGAAAGGGAUAGAGAUACUGUCAAUAUCUCUACAGACACACUUGGUAUUUCUGGUGAUCGGAACCGAGGACCUAGGGCUUUGAAGCCCACAAGCAAGAUUUCCCCAGAAGAAGGAUCUACUGAUAGCAGUAAAGAUGUUGAAUCUACUUCUAGAUUUCAUGUCCAACAUUUUAACUCCCCAGAUUUCAUAACCGAUUAUGAACAUGCAAAAUUCUUUGUCAUCAAGUCAUUCAGCGAAGACAAUAUCCAUAAAAGUAUUAAAUACAAUGUUUGGGCCAGCACACCACUUGGAAACAGAAAAUUGGAUGCUGCGUAUAAUGAAGCAAAAGAAAUGGAGGGCAUUUGUCCAAUCUUUCUCUUUUUUUCUGUCAAUGCCAGUGGACAGUUUUGUGGGGUAGCUGAGAUGGUUGGAUCUGUUGACUUUGAGACCAGUGCUGAUUACUGGCAGCAGGAUCGGUGGAGUGGUCAGUUUCCUGUUAAAUGGCAUAUUAUCAAAGAUGUACCCAACAGUCGCUUCCGUCACAUACUUCUUGAGAAUAAUGACAACAAGCCUGUUACUCACAGUCGAGAUUCACAAGAGGUGAAGCUAGAACAAGGAAUUGAAAUGUUAAUGAUCUUCAAGAACCAUGAUGCUGACACCUCUCUUCUUGAUGAUUUUAACUUCUAUGAUGAGCGAGAGAAAGCCUUGCUGGACAGGAAGGCAAAACAGCGAGCUACUCCUACUGGAAAUACGAUGGCUACUCUUGCUACUGAUUCGAUAAAUAAAUUUUCAGAUAACUUGGCUGAUGCUCUCCAGUUAGAUGGCGUUAAAAGCCUCUCAAACAAAGAUGUGGAGUAACUCUAAUGUUGGAACGCCAGCAGGCCGCAACUGCUUGUAUUAGUUCAGAAUUGGCAUUGGAGUUGCUGACUGGGAUCGUCGAGGUGACAUUUAAUUCAUUCCAUGCUUGCCGUAAUCGGUUGCACUGCAUAAUCACUGCCCCUUUAGCAUUGUCUCAUUUUCUGUGUGUGUGAGAGUACCUGGCUGUUAUUUAUUUUUCUUAGGUAAGAAAGGAGGCUGAAAUCCGUGAUAGACCUCGUACUUCUUCGUCUCCCGCUCUUUAGGUUUUGUUCAUUUGUUGCGUAAUUGUUUCUUGUUAAGAUUGUAGUUUUAGGCAUGGGAGGAUUAGAGGCCUCAAAUGCCUGGUAUUUUCUGCCCUUUUUUCCCUUCUCUUUUACCUUUUCUGGUUCAAGUGGGGCAGUUAUUUAAGCUGCUAUUAAUUAAAGGAAUGCAGCUAAAAUUAUUGCAUCAAUUGAAUGAAUAAUUGCCCUUUGUUAAAUAACCAAGAUUUCAAAUGACAGCUUCAAAUUUAUAUUGUCAAAUUGGUCGAUGCUCUCA